AUGGGCGCAAAAUCGGGCUUUGCCCUCAAAUUAUUCCAGUGGUUCGUCCGCGGCAUCCAGUUCUGCUGCGCGGCCCUGAUCCUCGCCAUCUUCUCAUACUUCUUGGCGACACUGGCCAACCACGACCUCACCAUUCACACUUGGGUCCGCGCUGUCGAGGGAAUAUCUGGCGUAGCUGUGGUCUACACAGCUCUUGGAAUUUUGCUGCUGUGCUGCUUGGCUGGCCGUGCUUUUUUCUCCAUCAUAGCCAUCAUCUUGGAUCUCGCCUUUAUUGUCGGCUUCAUCUACAUCGCGGUAGCUACACGAGGUGGAGCAAGCAGCUGUACCGGGACUGUGAACACUGUUUUUGGCAAGGGUGACGCCAACACAGAUGUUGUUGACAAUGGAAAUGGCGGUGUUACACAUUUGCCCAGCUUCCGCUCUGCAUGCAAGAUGGAGACUGCUUGCUUUGCGGUCGCUAUUGUAGCUGUCUUCUUCUUUGUCUUCUCUGCUGCUCUCGAGCUCGCCUUGCUCCGUCAUCACCGCAAGGAGAAGCGCUUCGGCCCCAGCCCGGCCAACGACUACACCUCCGGCUACGGCAGCAAGCGUCGAGGCAUCUUUGGCUGGCGCCGCAACCGUGCAGGCACCGGCAUGAGCCAGGACCCCAACACUCUUCCCCAGCACUCUACCCCGGCCGAUGUUAGAGACAGCUAUGCUACCGAGACAACCCGUGUCGGCGACGGUGUGACCCCGACAAACACGUAUAACAAGUACGGCGAGGCUGGAUACGGUCAUACUGGCGGUGUCACGCAGCCUCCUGUCGGGACACACCCGGCCGCGGGGACUCAUCCGCAUGGAUACCGGUAUGAGGAUGGUGUGUACAACAACGCAUAA